AUGCGUGCGUUAGUGCUCACUGACUCACCAUCAACAGCCACAACUCGAAAACUAAAAUCUAAUGGACAUAUUGGUAAUACUAAUACCAAUGGUCAUCAAAAAAUAUAUUCAAAUAAUCGAUCAAAAACGAACAGUUAUCAUCCGUCAACAACACCGUCACGUUGUACAAAUGUCGUGAACGGUAGUACGAAACGAUAUACAGCCGAUUAUUCUGAUAUGGAGCGUAAUAUUUAUGCCGAACCACCAGUCAUAGUCAAGCAAAUGCAAACAAACAAUAGUGAAUCUCCAAUGACCAUAAUUCAAGGUGUUUCACCAGCCAAUGAUUCACGUUUAUGUGUUUCACCGACAACUGUCAAUGGUACUAUUCAUUAUUUACCUGUUAUACGUCGAACGGAUCAACAGCAACAAACACCGUCAAAAAUAAAAACAGCUCUAACAGAUAGAAAAUGUUUCACGAAUUCUAAUCAUCAUUGUGAUUCAUCUCGAAGUCUUGUUUCAUCUCCAACGUCAAACACAAGUUCAAUAUGUUCAUUUUCUACAGAAUUUGAGUCAACAAACAUCAAUAAUAAUAAUAAUAAUAAUAAUAACAACAACUUUACUAGUAAUCAUCUAACAUUAUCGGAAGGAAAUCCAUUAAGACAAAAAAUUUAUUCACCACCAGAUAUCCAUCAUUGUCAAGAAAAAAAUUGUAUAGAUUUAAUGACAAAAUCUGAGUCAGCAUGUACGGUUCUCACUAAUAAAGAUGAAAAAAAAUCAAACAGUAAAAAUAAAAAAUCAAAGUCAACGUACGACAUAGAAUCACUGAACUAUUGUAAUGUGAUAAACGAUUGUGGAGUUGGAACAAAAACGUGUGUAAUGCGAAAUAGUGCGAAUCAGAUGUUAUCUGAUAGUAAUAGUAAUAAUAAUCGAUCAUUGUCUCGGACUAAAGAUAAUUUAAACGUAACAAAAGCAUGUUUUACACCGUUAGAAGUGGUCAAAGAAGAUGAAUGUUUGGAAGUUGAACCAAAACGUAUGAUCGACAACAACAACAACGAUGGUGAUGUUGAACAUCAACUAUGUCAACAACAAAAAAAUGCUUUAAUCGAUAUUAUAAAACAACGUUAUGCUAAUCGCACUGAACAUUCAGCAUCUGUAUCAACGACACCAACAAUGCCCAGAGCUCAAUCACCAUCUAGGCGACCAUCAUCAACAGGACCGUAUGACGACGAAAUUUAUACAACACAAAUGACAACAGCUACAGCCGGUUUUACACGUGGAUAUCGUACUAGAACAAGUCUGCCAGUUAUUGUACGACCAGCAUCAACUAAAGUCAGCUCGCUAGGAUUAUGUUUUCUUUGUGUUGGUGAUGAAAUCAAAAAAGUUCUUCUGCCAAACGAAGUCACAUGCACGGAUACAGUGAAAGCAUUAUUUGUCAGAGCGUUUCCACGCCAUUUGACAAUGAAAUAUAUGGAUCAAGAUACAGUAAGGAUAUAUGUCAAAGAUCCUGAGAGAGAUUUAUUUUAUCAAUUGGAAGAUAUGACUGAUGUCAAAGAUCGUUGCGUACUGAAAGUCGUUCAACUAAAAGCGUGUGCAUUAAACAGUGAGACCGAAUCAUCAUGUGUUAUUAAUGGGAGCGAACAAUACCAUAAAUCGCAAACUGAUGAUAGACAAUCAUUACCUGCUGUUGAUAUUAGUCAUACAUCUGCAUCAUCAUCGAUAUCAACAAAAUCAUUGAAUAGUACAAUCGCCGCCACCAGGACAAAAGAUCAAGAUGAUAUCUACGUCCCAUUUACAUCUAGACCAAUAUUAGCUAGUGAAAUAACAUAUCAAAGACUAAGUCGACUUGGAAGAGUUCCAUCAUCAACAUCGAUUAUCGGACUACAAACAACAAAUGGUACACGAAAUUCAAUGGAUGAAAAUAAAAAUACUAAAUCUGAUCUAUCAACAACAACAACAAAUUCUCGUUCAUUAAGUGAGCCAAGACGUCGUAUACAAAAUAACAGCAAUAAUCAUAUACAAGAUAAAAAAACGGGAACUGAGAUAACUCUCACAAUAUGUCCAGAAAAAGCUGUGCCAAAAUCGACAGCAUCUCCCCAAGAGCAUGAUCAUGUUUUUAGUCGUAGUGGCUCAACUACACCUCGUUUAUCAGAUGACGAUGCUCGGUGUAAAAUGGAAUACAUGGAAAAACAACUAAAAUCUCUAACAGAUCUUGUGCAAACCUUAUCGCGUUCGAAUGAAACUAACGGAUAUUCAAAUUCAUCCAACAAUUGCAAUACACUCAAUAGAAAAGAUGGAAAAACAUUGCGACAAAGUUUAUACGAAUUAAAAAUUAAAACUCACGCAUUGAAAACCGACUUGAAUUUAUUAAAACGUUUGCAACAAACAACGCAAGACAGUAUGCGAAAUCAACUACAAAUAACAAGUAAAAAAAUCGAGGAUCAUUUACUGACGUAUCAGAUUGAAAAUAAAGUCGAACGUAAAACCAUAGAAACUGAACUCGAUAAUUACACCAUCUCUAGUACAAAAAUUGAUCAUGAAUUAGAAGAUUUAGAAGCAACAGUCGAAGAGUUAAGAAAUGAUGUAAUGAGUAAUAAAAACUGUCAUGUAACAAUGAAUGAUGUUGAAAGUUUUGCACUAGCAUUGAGUACAAUUAGUCGAUCACUAGUCGAUUUGAAAGCAUCAUUUCCAGCACUAAGAGAAAAAAUAUGUUGCCUUGGGUCUCAAUCAACACUAAAAGAUGAUGAAAAAUUUCUUCGAGAAGAACCAGAAAGGCUUGAUUUCACAAUUAAAAGAUGUAAACGAUUAACAACGAUGUUAUACAAUCUUAAACGAUUGGCUGUAACACAAGAACAAAGAAAUCCAAAACCCAAAGUAAUUGUUAUACAAUCUUCUUCAUUCAACAUUGAUAAAAAAGCAUUGAAUAUGGAAAUUGAAUCAGCAACACAAAAUUCGGACGGGCGUCUAAAAGCGAUUGAAAAAGCAGAAAAAUCUCGAGAACGUCGUUUGUAUUAUACUAAUCAACUUGAAACAUUGAAACAAUUGAAAUAUGCUGAUGAACAACAACAACAACAUCAGAAUCAUAAUAAUUCUGAAAUGGGCCGCGAUUCAGCACAAUUAUUCGAUAAUCGCAGUUUAAAUAGUUCUAUCCUGUUAACAUCGAGUACAAGAACAAGUAUUUGCUCAAAUCAAUCCGGUUCAACUGAUAACAACAAUUGUCCAUCUCCAUCGCUUUCAUUUAUUGUACGACAAGCACUCAUUACACCUACACAAACAGGUGCUAACACCACUAACACAACUAUCGCUAAAAAUUCAUCAACAUCAUCUAAUUCAUCAUCUGAAUCAAACAGUAAACUGUUAUCUAACCAAUCUCGUUUACAAUUAACCUCAAAACCAAAUAAAGUAACAUUUUCUAAUCAACUUGUAACAAAUGGUAAAAAGCCACUAACAAACGGUUCAUCUUAUCCAUCGUCUCGUGAUCAUUCUCAAGAUUCAAUAACUACAAAAGUUACGACGCAAUCACAGUGUUCAUCUCCAUUGACAACCACAAAUAUAAACAAUAAGAAAAAACCUAUACCGCCACCGCGUAUCCAAAGUAAUUCUCAUCAAACGAAUAAAACAAUCUCCUAUCAACUUCUAUCAUCUUCAUCGUCUAGUGCCGCCUCCUCUAGUUCAUCGACCUCCUCCGGUUCAUCAACAUCACAAAAAAAUGGUUAUAAACAUCAUCAAUCAGAUAUAAAAUGUUUUCCUACUAAACCUCCAUUAUCCCCUCCAGAAUGUCGCCAAAGCGGUCGUUGUAAUUCUCUUAGUUCAAGCAGUACUGAUACCGACUCCGUUAUUUCAAAUCCAAAUAUAUCAAAGCUAAAGUCGCCCACAAAAGCAGCAGUAAUAGAUGGAAAUAAGAUAAUUAAACAAUCUCCACUAGUCGGUCAAUUAUUAAAAACAAUGUCACCAUGUAAUGGCGGAUUUCAUACUAAACAACAGUCUAAUUUUAAUAAGCUCGAUACUACAUCAAUUGAUUAUUCAAAAAAGUUAAUGCGUGCAUCUGUGACAGAUCUCUAA